AUGAAGUCUUUUUCGACAGAACUGUGGUCUGGCAGAGAGAAGCUUAUACUCGCGUUUGAUAUUGGCGCCACAUACUCUGGGGUUGCGUACUCACAUCUGUUCCCGUUUUCCCCUCAAGCUGUGUCAUGCGUAAGCGGUUGGCCUGGCCAGCCGGUCCAUCAGAGCGAAAAUAAGGUUCCAUCCCUGGCUUGGUACGAUAGGCAUGGCAAUGCGAGAUUAUUUGGUGCAGAGGCUGCUACCCCUGAUGCUGAAAUCCGGGCGGCGAGAGGUGGUUGGAGCCUUGCAAAACACUUCAAGUUGCACCUACACCCUGGGGCGAAGAGUAACAGGCUGGACAUUGCUUUAGACCCUCUCCCAUAUGGUGUCACGUUGCUCAAGAUAUAUACUGAUUUUUUCGCUUAUUUAUUCGAUCAUGCGAGACACGCAUUCUGCGAUCGAGUACCCGAUGGGGAAUUUGUCUGGAGCAGAUGUAGUGAGAAGGCCGAAAUAGUCAUCACGCAUCCAAACGGAUGGGGCCCCACUGAACAGACAUUCCUGCGAGAUGCAGCCAUCGCAGCGAAGCUUGUCAGGGAGGCUGAUGCGGUGAAACGAACUUUUUUCGUAUCUGAAGCUGAGGCAGGCGUGCAUUACUGCAUCUUUACCAAUAACCUCGCACCUUGGCUCACUAAAAAUGCUCGGUUUGUUGUUUGUGAUGCAGGUGGAUCGACCGUGGACAUUACCGUGUAUUGUGUCACCGAUACACACCCAUACCUCAGACUCGAAGAAGUUAAGCCUUCGGCUUGUGUACAAGCAGGCGGUAUCUUCGUCGAUAAAGUUGCUGCGCAGUACUUCUUGCAUCGCUUCGCAGCGAAACGAGCGAAACUUGAUGAAAACGCCCAAAUAGAAUUCGUCAAAGAAGCCGUCGAAGAUUUUGAGGGGAACGCCAAGAGAGCUUUCAAGAACUCCGAAAAUGGUGCGUAUGUUCGGGUUGGCAGCACCCAAGUGACGAUCGGGGCUGCAGGGGUAAGACGAGGUCGCAUGGCUCUGGAUGGGCGCACGAUUGAAUCUUUCUUCACACCCUCUGUCAACAAGAUCAUCGCAUCGCUUCGACUUCAGCUGAAAGGGACGGAAUGUGGACACAUCCUCCUUGUAGGCGGCUUCGGUGAUAGUCAACACCUGGCGGAAAAACUCCAGGCCGAGUUCGACAGGAAGAGAUGCCAGGUCGUACCAGCCAAUGAUUCAAAGUCCAAAGCCGUAUCGUAUGGUGCCGUCAUUUGGCGUGCAAAGUUGGCUGUUAUCCGCCCGUGUAAAUAUGAAUUUGGAGUGGUUAUGGGUCGGACGUUCAACCCCAAUGAUCGGGCUCACAAAACACGCCAAAUACGCCAUUGCGCUGAUGGAAAAGAUUCCGUCGCAGGAGCCUGGGUUGCCCUAGUACGUCGGGGUCAAAUCGUAAAGCAAGGAGAACGAUGGCAUAGGCAUUUUCGUCUUUACUCUGACGUCCCUACCAGUAAAGUUGGUCGCCUUUCUGUGAACAUAUUAGCUUUCACUGCCACCGACCGACCCACUCCACGUUGGGCGGAGAGCGAGGAUCGCAGGCUGUUCAAUGGCUUCGAAUACGUGUGUACAAUAUCCAUGAAUGUGCCGGAUAACCUUCAGGAUUGGAAACAACGACAAGGGAAAACCGGAGGUUACUGGACUUUUGAUUACACCGUUAGCGUCAUGUACUCUGACAAUAAGGGUCUGAGGGCCUCCCUUGAAUGGGAUUGUGGAGGAAGGAGGGUGAGUAGGUCCCCUCGUCUCUUGGCAGAAAUGGUUGACAGAACGGAAUGCAAAGGAGAGAUCUCCCCUGUUAUUAUACCAAACUCCCUUGCAUAA